AACUCUGUCUCUCUCAGCCAAAGGGAGGGGACUAGCAACAGGGUCAUGGUCAAGAACAGGGCACUCAUGGAUUCAGGAAGAAGGACCAUUGGGGAUGGGGAGAGCACUUCUUCCCUUGAGUACAGUCUCCCCAAAAGGGUGCCCUUUGACAGCUGGUUGAGUGCCUUGUCUAUAAGCAGAGUAUUAGGCAGGGGGAGGGGGGUUACAGGGUGCACUCUGGCUCAGGAGAUCCCUAGACAAGAUGGCAGAAGGCAGAGCCUUCCUGAUGAUCUGGCUCCUCACCAACAAGGAAAGCUCAUCCAUCUCACCUUCAAUCUCAUGCCACUCUAUUUCCAGGGCAGCUGGGUAAGAUGGUCAGCUUUCCUUCUCCCUUCUUCUCUGCACCAUGGAUGGACAAUUCCAGUAACUAGAACCCUCAUCCAUCGUGCCCUAUGAGAAGGGAGCAGGGUUUCCAGAUAACCUUUGUGACACUCAGUAGAUUGGAAUUCAAAUAAGCAAAGAAGAUUUUUUUAGCAUAAGCAUAUCCCAAAUAAGGAAAGACUUUUUAGCAUAAGCGUAUCCCAAACACUAUGCUUAUGCUAAAAAAGUCUUUCAUUGUCUUUCAAAAAUGCAAAUUUAACUGGGUGCCCUGUGGUUUUAUUUGCUAAAUCUGGCAACCCUGGAAGGAUGCAAAGAGUUGGGAGAGCAAAGUGACCACUUCAGAUCUUGUUUCAUUCAUGGAUUUGCUUAACAGCAUGGAAGAGGGCAGUGGUAUGAACAGACCGUACACCUGGAGAGGAGGAGGAGAGCCUAUCUCCCCAUCUCUCCCCUGCUCCAAAGAGCCUAGACUUGUGCAUCGGAGGAAUAUUUGCAUGCAAGGCACAUCUGUCCCAUGAAUUACGAGUUGGCAAGAACACUUAGGGGUGGGACAGCUGAUCAUGGGAAAGCCCACUGGACCCAUCAGAUGGCAGCCACUGCCCCGAAGGAACCCAAGCUGUACUUCUCCUUGUGUUUUGCAGAUUGACCAAAAGCAGUUCAACAAAAUCCUUGAUCUGAUCGAGAGUGGGAAGAAGGAGGGAGCCAAGCUAGAAUGUGGGGGUUCAGCCAUGGAAGACAGGGGGCUCUUCAUCAAACCCACUGUCUUCUCAGAAGUUACUGACACCAUGCGCAUUGCCAAAGAGGAGAUUUUUGGACCGGUGCAGCCAAUACUAAAGUUCAAAAAUAUCGAAGAAGUGAUAAAAAGGGCAAAUAGCCUUGAAUAUGGACUCACGGCAGCCGUGUUCACAAAAAACCUCGACAAAGCCCUGAAGCUGGCUUCUGCCUUGGAGUCCGGAACUGUCUGGAUCAACUGCUAUAAUGCCAUCUACGCACAAGCACCCUUUGGUGGCUUUAAAAUGUCAGGAAACGGCAGAGAACUUGGUGAAUAUGCGCUGGCUGAAUACACAGAAGUGAAAACUGUCACCAUCAAACUCGAUGACAAGAGCCCCUGAAGGAAAGGUGGGCUCCUUCCUCAAACCUUUGACAGCUGAAUGUGGCAGAUGGAACUUUGCCGAAGAACACCUGCAUUUCCCGCCUCCCCGGGUUACUCUGCUCUGGAGACUUUAAAUCUACUGGAUUUGAACGAUUUCAGUUUUCCUCUCACACUCCUGUUUCAUUGACCAAUAUGUUGUGUAUGUGGCAUUGAAGUCCUGCCUGGGGAUGGAGCGAGGGGCCAUUUCCGUUUUUCCCUUCCAACCAGGUCCCCCAGGGACAGUGAAGAGGCUCAGGGCGAGGCCAACAGGAAGUGGUAUUUGAAGUCUCCAGCGGUCACUUAAAGAUGUUUUGCCGACUCUGACUCCAAUAAGAACUUGGAAAAACGCCCGGCUUGUUCUGCAAACAGGGCCCUGCACCUGUGGCCUCCUCGGGGUUACCUGCCCACAGAACAAGCCCCUCCUACCAGUUAGUGGGAAAGAAACAGGACUAAGUUGAAAACAAAACAAAAACAGGAUUGUGAGGAUCCAGUGUGGGGAGCUUUGGGGAAGCAAGUACCAUGGAAAGGUACCGAAGGACUUGGGUGUGAAGGGGCGUGGGUCUUCAAGGACUGCUUCUUGACAUUGACCACAGGACUCAGCUUAAAACCAAAACUCCUUUUGGAAUAUGAACGAAUCAACGGCCAGCUUGCUUAUCUAAAACUAUGUCACGGUCUGCCUUAACCAAGGCACUUUCUCAGGCAGAGAACAUCCCUAGUGUUUCCAUCACUGCUGAGGACCCAGUACUCUGACGUGACAACAGCUUGGCAACUGCGUUUUACAAACCAGAGCCAUAAUUCGCUUUUACAAAUUAUGAAUUUCUACCACUUGCAUUAAUGGUUUCUGAUCAGCCUGUGUAGCUCUCUUUGUCUCCAGUUUGGUUAUCUAUUUUAGAUUAGCAAAACAUACGCAACUGGAAAGGUUGUUGUUUUAAUACAGCUUGGUUUUUUAAAGUCCUAUUUUGAUGUUAAUGAUUAAUUAACAAAUAACACCCAGACUCCAUGGAAGAACUGGGUCUCCUACUAAAGUGGCCUGAGUACUGCACUAACAUGUUGUGAAUUUUUCUUUUCCUCUUUAUAUGUGCAAACGCUGUGCAAUCCCAAGUUUUAAAGUGUUCCCCUGAUCACGCUUUUAAAAAACAAAACCAAACGUAAUUGCGUUAUUUGGAUACUUUCAUUGUUAUUAACUAGUUACUUUUCUGAUGGUGCUUAUAUUUGGGAAUUAAAUUAUGUUUAUAGGAUUAAAUUGGGGGAGGGCAAUAAUAAAAUAAACAUCAAAACCAGUGUAUGGAUGAAAGAAAGUCCUACAUGGAAUGGGGUUGUCAUUCUUGUCAGAAAUAGGCAAUAUGCAAUUCACCUUCUCUACAUCAGUUAACACUUAUCACUUAAACUGUCGGCUAAGUCAGGAGUUGACUUCAUACACUGAAUUUUCGGGAUUUUAUCUCAAGCAACUAUAGACAUUAACCUUGAUAGUAAUACAUUAGAGGGUUCUCAUUCUCUCAUUGUACAAUGCUGCCUUUAAUAUGAAAUGCUACAUUAUUUAUAACUGGUAUAGUUAAUGUAUCUUUUUAUAGUUGUAAGUAAACAGAGGUGGUAUAUUUAACCUUCUGUAAUAUACUGUAUUUAGAAAUGGAAAUCUAUAUAGUAUUAGAUUUCACUUCUUUUAAGGUUUAUUCCUGUGGUAUGGUUUCAAAAAAAAAAUCUAUUGGCCUCGGAAUUCUGACCCCAACUACAGAUCGCGUCUGGCAAUACAACAAUGAUAAAAUAAAAUCGGAUAUUUGACAAACA